GGAGGUGGUGGAGAAUGCAGAAGGAGCAACAGCUUGUGAUUUCAGGAGAACAGAGCCAGGCCAACUCCUGAAAGAGGAAGAGCAAAGAUAGUGACAGAAGAGAAAAUACAGUCUGAGCAAGACAGAGAGAGAGAGAGAGAGAGAGAGAGAGAGGCUCAGGAUAAGAGAACAGGAUGGGGUUGGGGCUGGAGUGUGAAAUGGAGAACAUGCUUUAGCAUGGGUAUGUGCAAGGGAACAGGACACGAAAGAAUCUUUUACAAAGAUAAGUGGGAGAAGGGAGAAGCCGAAAGCUAGAGGAAAACAGUGAAGCAGUGAUAGGGAGGGAGGGAGGCAUGGAUAGAUAGAGUACAAGACAUGUUGGAAUAACAAGAGACAAAGAAGAGUCUGAAUGACACAAAAGGAAUAGGCAGAGUGGGAAUGAAAUAACGGGGAGAUGAUAUGAUUCAUUGGCAUGUGUGUGCGCUCACGCACAUGUAUAAAUGUGCUUACACGUCUGCAUGCUGGAGAGACAGUGGUCUGGAGACUGAGGGAGUCAUUUAGAGAUCCCUACAGAAAGAGAGAAACCGUGUGAGAAGGAGUGAGAGACAGCGUAUAUAUGAGGCAUGAGGACUCUCUUCAAAAAGCUGCUGACCAUUCUCUUCUUCCUGGCCUUCUGCAGGUUGCUACUCUGGCUCUGCCCCAGUAACAGUGACGGAGGUGCUAAUGGCCGUGUAAAACCUGAAAACUUAGAUUCCUGCAAAACCUGCAAGGAGGUUGAACUGAUUGACCAGUUGUUACAGCGAUACUCUUCCGCUUGGAGAAAGAAGGAGGCCAGCUAUAAAAAGUUCAGGUCACUGCUAAGCAGCAGGUGCCAUGCCAUAUCUAAGGCCGUGGUCACACAAGAGAACACACCUGUGGGGUCAAAGGUCAGGUAUGAUGGUGAGAAGAGAAAGCCACUGCAGGUGACCCCAGAGCUCUUCAGUACAUUUACCAAGGAGCAGCCCUUUGGAAAUGCCUCAAUGGAGACAUGUGCUGUGGUGGGUAAUGGAGGAAUUCUGAUUAACAGCAGCUGUGGAGGAACCAUCGACUCUGCCAAGUUUGUCAUCAGGUGUAAUCUUCCUCCACUGGGAAGUGGAUAUGAAAGAGAUGUGGGCAACAAAACAGACCUUGUUACGGCUAAUCCCAGCAUCCUCUUGGAGAAGUUCAGCGGGCUGAUGGAGAGGCGCCGCCCAUUUGUGGACAGCCUCCGCCAGUAUGGCCGCUCCCUGCUGCUGCUGCCGGCCUUCUCAUAUGGCCGCAACACGCCCCUCUCGCUGCGUGCUCUCUACGCUGUAGAGGACCUGCAAGUUGACAGAGACAGUGCACCGCGAUCCGUCUUCCUCAACCCAGAGUACCUAAGUAGCCUAGCCCAGUUCUGGCAGGGCCAGGGCCUCCGCACGGUCCGCCUCAGCACCGGUCUCAUUGUAGCCAGCUUGGCACUGGAACUGUGUGCCAACGUCCACCUCUAUGGCUUCUGGCCCUUCAGCCUGCACCCGCGUGACCAUUACCUGCUCACUAACCACUAUUACGAUGACCAGCAGAGCAAGAAGAACGUGCAUGCCAUGCCAGCUGAGUUCGAGCACCUGCUGCGGCUCCACUCACAGGGCAUCGUCCACCUGCAUCUGGGAAAGUGCCUGCCAGCUUGAUCAGAGAACAGCCCCAGCUCACCAGAAUAAGCCAGGUUUAAUGGGCUGAUAUAAAAUGUAGUACAAAGCAUCAGAAAGGGGGUGACACCCUUCGUCAGCAGGCCAGAACUACUACUGCAGAGAGCCAACGCUAUGGGACAAAGUCUGCUUUUCACUGCUGCCAUGAAAAGAGGCCUGAAGGGAUGUGUAUGUGGAGGGUAUGUGUAUGCGGAGUGAGCAUAGGGUAAAGCCUCUGGGAGCCCUAAACCUAAGGAACUGACAUGAAAACACUUUUACUGUCUGUAUAGCCAGCCCUAAAUUCCAAUUUAUUCCAAAACUAAAUUCUAAUAAGCUAUACACACACACACAUACACACACACACACACAAAAAAACAUGUUCCUGAAAAUUCCUGGGCCAAAAUUCCUCUCAGGUCAGCUAUCACAUAAUUAUUUAAAACAUUUUACAUAAUAAUAAUUUAACAUGUAGUUUUUGAUAUGCAAACAUAAAUAAUAGAGUGUAUAUUUCUUAUGCAAACAUAUGAUGAAGUGAGGACAUCUAAUGAAGUGCUUACUGAAUUGAAGGAGAUUAAGUGAUCUACUAUUUAAUCGUUAUCAUACUGUGAGAAAAAAGUUAUCAUUUACAUUUUCAAAUUUCAGAGGUAAUGGUGGAGUUGCUGUGGUAGCAGAAUAGACUUGCUCCCAUAUCCUCAGUCACAUAUCUCAUAUAGGAUGUGAGCUCUGAAAGCCAGAGCUCAGGUGAAUUAGGGGGCACGUGUAUGGGCUUUCUUGUCUGCCCUGACUCAGUGUCACGGAAAUUCUGUAGCCCACAUUGAGCUCCAGAGAGCCACAGCCCAGCCACAACGCUUGGCCUGCCUCUUCAUUGUGAUUGAACAAGUGGCCUCUAAUGAAUACCUAAAUCUUUUAGUAACAAGCUUUUCCCACAAGUGCAUUGGUGAUUAGAGAAGAGCUCUCCAAAUUAAAUCAUGCAUACAUCACAGAGUACUGUUUCGCCUGCUCACAUUUAAUUCAUCUUACUUCAUAAUCAAGUGCUGUGUUCAUGGAUUAAUCAAAAAGGGCUGGUCACCAUGCACAUACAAGAUAUCAUCACACUAGGAUGCCUGCCUGCUAGUGUCCAGAUCUCCCUGGGCAACACUGUUCAGAGCAAAUUUGCACUAAUUGUGAUGUGUACUAUACAGGCUGUUGAUAUCACAUUUCAGAGUUGAAUGGGGCUAUUAAUAACAUUUACAGUACUUGACAGAUGCUCUUAUCCAUAGAUGUACUUAUAUUUUGCAGUUUCUAUGCUCACUAGGAGUCAAACCCAUAACCCUGGUGUUGCUAGCAUCUUGUGCUUCCUGCUGCUCUACCAGGUGAACUACUGGAGCAGAACUAGGUUGAACAUGUUCCAAAACAAGAACUCAGAUUAGUUGUGUCCAGCAUCUGUAAUGCAUUGCUUCUGAGAGUUCCUGAACACACACGCACACACACACAAACACACACACACACACACACACACACAGAGACAGAACCACUGCAGAAGGAGCGGCACAUGUUGAUGAAUAUAACAUUCUUGGCUUCCUUACUGAGACUGAAUUUAAUUAGUGUGAUGAGGUCCAGAGCAUUACUCCCUCAGUUUCUCCCUAGAGUCAGCUCUUAAUGGCCCUCCACCUCCCCUUCUCUGCUGUUUGUCACAUGACUCUGGAGCCUAGAAGUCUUCUGGUGUAGUUUGUUGCAGAGCUGUAUCUGGUCAGAGGUGCAUAGUGAACUGUGGUGCCUUUUUAGCAGUUGUGAACUUUGUAGAUUCCCUGUUAUGUGCUUUAUGGAUCUCAAACCUCAUAACUAUCAGAUCAGCAACUUCUAGUUAGACUAGAAACUUGUGUCUGUGGUUGGUGGGUUGCAUAAGAACCCCUGUCACCCCCAUUCACAUAAUGGAGGAGCACUACACUUUAAACUCUUGCCCUACUUCAUAAUGAUUUGCCAACCUGAGCACUCUGUUUGAUUAAAAAAAAAAGCCCCUUCCUAUGGGAACAUGCUUAACCUCUUAUUGUCAAAGUGUAGGGUAUAAGGCAAAAUCCUGAAACUAAAGAUCCGGUGAUUGAGUAAGAGCAGUUAUGUUUUUAUUAUUCUCCCCAUUCCAUUGUUAUUUAAUCAGAGGCACAAAAGAGCCUCUUUGAGCAGCCAUACCAGCCUUCCUGCAUGGCUUGAAAGACCUACAGGAAAUUCAUGUUUCACAAUCCAAAAUAAAUACAGUUUAUCUUAAAUACUCGAAAACAGGCAUAUGGAAUUGUAAAAGACACUAAUGGGUUUAAAAAUCACAGGAAACAAAAGGUCAGUUCUCAAUUACUAUAUGAAAGAGGUUUUUAUCUUGUUAACAAGCACUGUUGCAUGACCUUCUAUGCUGUUUCCUCCAGGAGAGGUUGCAGGGCCUGAGAGUGAAAGAUAGAGCGGGGUGGGGGGUGCAUGUCUGUGCUCAAUUAUGGUCUCAGAUCUCCAGGGAAUGUUUUGUUCUACUUAUGCCUGUUUAAAUAAUUUCCUCUCUGAACCAAUUUGUUUUGGAGAACACAGUUUAAUACUGCAGAUAUAUUAUUGUUCCUCCAUAUUUGAGUAAAAUCAAUUAGAGGCCUGGGCGUUUGAAGGUAGCGCACAGGCUUGUGCUCAUCACCAGAAUUUUGUGUUUUUCUAGACCCAUACUGAUGUUGUGAAUCUUGCAAUCUUGCUUUUAUUGUAAGGGCCACGGCCUCUGUCACUAGUGGGGCUUCUCUCAUGGGUGGGGUUACAAUGCUCCUCUAGCCCAUCAGCUCAUAACCUAUAUCCACACAAAACUAUUAUUUAUAUACAUAUAUGAAAUAAAUGUGAACAUAAUGUUUUGCCAAA